GACAGUAAGCCACAGCAAUGCUCUCCGUACAGUAUUUUACUGUUUUUCUAAUAACUGAAAUCAUAUUUGCAAUAGCCGCCAACUCAGUUGACUUUGACAAGAAAAGACCAUUUCUGAAAUAUUAUGAGACGAUUUCGUAUGACAACAAUGCCCUGCAUCAGCAUCACCAGCGAUUAAAGCGAGCCACAAAUGAAGAGGAAAGAUUAAUACCGCUGGAACUUUUUGCAUACCAAAGAAAAUUUGAACUGAUUUUAAGAAGGGAUGCUGGCAUUUUUGCUGAUGAUUUUGAGGUUGUCUCUGGUACUAGAUCAGUGCCCACUGACAUCUCAUUUAUAUAUAAUGGUGAACUGAGAAACGAAAAUGGGUCAUUUUGUCACGGGUCUAUCAUCAAUGGUCAUUUUGAAGGAUUUAUCAGAACACAAAAUGGCACUUUUUAUGUAGAAUAUGAGAAGACUCAUAGUAAUGGAACAGUAGAUACAUUCAUGUAUCAUGAAUCAGACAUUGAUUACUCUCUUAUGAAAGAUGCAGAGUCGUAUGAAUUAACUCUAAAGAAAUAUCAGCUGUUGGAGCAAAUGUCAUUGAAAGUCAAGGGAGAAUCUCCCACCAGAAAGAAAAGAAGUAUGGAGUUAUCACGUACAACGUGUCUGCUUUAUUUAAAGGCAGAUUACUUUUUCUUCUCAAGAUUUAAAAGUGUGGAGAAAGUGAUUUCACAGAUUUCUUCAUAUUUGGUAUCAGUAAAUUCAAUAUAUGAAUAUGUAAACUUUAAUGGCAUCAAACACAUCAACUUUAAAGUGAAACUGUUAAAUGUAAUACAAGAGAAAGAUCCAUCUAGUCCUAUGAAUUCAGCCUAUAUUGGACCAGAAAAACUUCUAAUGUUACAUUCACAAUCUAACUGGAACAGUUACUGCCUCUCAUAUAUGUUAACAAAUAGAGAUUACAAUGGGGUACUUGGACUUGCUUGGAAUGGAAACUCAGGUAACGAAUUUGGUAUAUGUUCCAAAUUUGCGAAGUAUGAUAAAGUCCCUGACACGGAUGUAACCUUGAAUACUGGGAUAGUAACAAUCCAAAAGUAUGGCCAGUAUUUACCUGCUAGACUUAUUCACAUUACACUGGCUCAUGAGUUUGGCCACAGCCUGGGAUCUCCGCAUGACGAAAGUCCAAAUUGUGCAAAUUUUAUCAGCAAUAAUAAUGAUAAUGGGAAUUUUUUGAUGUUCCCAUAUGCUAUGGAUGGAAAUCAGUACAAUAAUGAUAAAUUCUCCACAUGUUCAAUCCAUUACAUCUCAAAUAUUCUACAGGUCAAAAUGGACAUAUGUUUUGUUGAGAGUGGUCGUCCAACCUGUGGCAAUCAGAUAGUGGAAGAAGGAGAGCAAUGCGAUGUAGGAUCUAGGAGUAACGAUUCCUGUUGCUAUGGAGCCAAACUAGGUGAUCCAUUACAAUGCACUUUAAGACCUGGUAAACAAUGCAGUCCCAGUCAAGGACUGUGCUGCAAUCACGCAUGUACUCACAAAUCAUCAGAGGAGCGCUGCCAAGAAGAAGCAGAAUGCACAUAUGAGACAUAUUGCACUGGCAUGUCACCCAAAUGCCCCAAACCGCCUGCGAAGAACAACUACACAUUGUGCAACUUUGGAUCACGAAUAUGCUUGAAUGGGAUGUGCCGUCAAUCAAUUUGUGUGAAAUAUGGAUUAGAACAGUGUGAUUGUGAUGGUAAUGACCUGUACGAGAAAUGCCAGCUAUGCUGUCAGGUUCCAGGUAAUCCAUAUUCUUGUAGAAGUACAAAAUCUGCAGAACUGCACCCAAUAUUCAACAACACACCUAUCUAUCUUCCUCCUGGCUCACCGUGUGGGCACAGGCAAGGCUACUGUGACAAGUUAUUCAUCUGUCGAUAUGUUGAUGCUGAUGGGCCUAUUGCACGCCUGAAGAACUCCUUCUUGCAUUUAAUUGAAUCAGAAGACGUAGCAGCAUGGAUGAAGGCACGCUGGUGGGCCAUUCUAUUAAUUAUUUUAACCUUGGCUGCAUUGAUGGCUGGAACAGUAUUCCUUUUUGGUAGAACUGUGGACUCUGAAAAAGAUACAGGAGUGAACAAGUCAUCUUUGAAAAAACAGAGUCAGAGGAACCGCACAGUUUACUAUGAAGAAGACAUUACUACAUCUGCCUACCUUCAAUAUGAGACUAGAUUGUAGGAAACGUGACAUGCAUACACCUGCCAUUUCUUUUAGCAUUUCCGGU